UUGCACGAGCUCGCUUGCAUUUUUGUUUAAAUUCGGACAGUUUGAUCGCAACCCCUCUUUCGUUUAAGUUCUAAAGCAUUCUCCCUUGCCUAAUCAGUUAGGUCGUGAAUAGUGGCAAGACAAAUGGCCUGGAGAUCUCAGACAGAAGCAAACUACGACAGAGCAAGCGAACUAAAAGCUUUUGAUGACACCAAAACUGGUGUCAAAGGCUUAGUUGACAGUGGUAUAACCCAAGUCCCGAGAAUCUUCAUCACCCCACGAAAUGAUUCAGACAAGAACCUUAAACCUUCCGAUUCACAACUCAAAUUCCCAAUAAUUGACCUCGAAAACAUCGAUGAAGAUCCAAUCAGGCAUAAGAAGGUCGUGGACGAGGUUCGAGAUGCUUCAGGGACAUGGGGUUUCUUCCAGGUGAUCAAUCAUGGGAUUCCGGGUUCUGUUUUGGAGGAGAUGCUAGAUGGGGUCCGGAAAUUCUAUGAACAAGAUCCUGAGGAGAGGAAAAAGUGGUACACAAGGGAUAGAAAAAGAAGUGUUGUUUACAAUAGCAACUUUGAUUUGUAUAGUGCACCAGCAGCUAAUUGGAGGGACACUUUCUUCUGUAAAAUGGCUCCUCAUCCUCCAAGCCCUGAGGAGUUGCCCGCUGUGUGCAGAGAUAUAAUGUUUGAGUACACAAAGCAAGUUUUGAAACUGGGAACAAGUUUGUUUAAAUUGUUGUCCGAGGCCCUUGGUCUGGAUGCCAACCACCUUGGGGACAUGAAAUGUGCUGACGGGCUUGCUCUCCUGUGCCAUUACUACCCCUUCUGCCCUCAGCCGGAGUUAACUAUGGGCGCCAGCCAGCACGCGGACAGUGACUUCCUGACGGUGCUCCUAAAUGACAAUGUAACCGGCCUGCAAGUUCUUUACCAAAACCAGUGGUUUGAUGUUCCCUCAGUGCCCGGAUCUCUGGUGGUAAAUGUUGGAGAUCUUCUACAGCUUAUAUCAAAUGAUAGGUUGAUUAGUUCGGAGCAUAGAGUACUAGCAAACAACGUUCGUUCAAGGGUAUCAGUCGCAUGUUUCUUUAGAAGCGACAUAGAUAAGUCGGACGAGCUCUACGGACCAAUCCAGGAACUCUUGUCUGAAGAUAAUCCACCAAAAUACAGGGCAACCACCAUGAAAGAGUAUGUGAACUACUACAACGCCAAGGGGUUGGACGGAACUUCUGCUUUGUUACAUUUCCGCGUUUGAAUUGAAAUGAUAUGAUGGGAAGAUGUUACUUUCCAUAUUAAUAUAAUCCGGGAAAACGGAACAUUCGAAAUGUAGUAUGAAAGAAAAAUGUGCGGUCUAUUUCUAUUUUAUUAGUAAAACCAUAACGAAUGUUGAUUAACUAUGAUUAAAAUUAAGCUUUCACUUUGA